UGAAUACGGUGCGCGUCCAGUGUGUCGCUCCGUCUACCGCAGACACAAAAUAAAACAAAAUGGCUUCAAGGGACCCUGCCUCUGAUCAACUUGUUGAUUUUAAGAAAAGUGUAAAGGAUUCACCUGGUUAUAUCACCACUAAAUAUGGUGCGCCUGUUGGAGUCAAGACUGCUAUUCAAACUGUUGGAAAGAAUGGUCCAGCCCUGCUCCAAGAUGUCCUGUUUUUGGAUGAAAUGUCCUCCUUUGAUAGGGAGCGUAUCCCAGAAAGAGUUGUUCAUGCUAAAGGAGCAGGUGCAUUUGGUUACUUUGAAGUAACCCAUGACAUUAGUAAGUACUCAGCAGCCAAAGUGUUUGAAGGUAUAGGUAAGAAAACACCUAUAGCCGUUAGGUUCUCUACUGUCGGAGGUGAAAGUGGUUCUGCUGAUACUGUCAGAGAUCCUCGAGGUUUUGCGGUGAAAUUCUAUACCGAUGAUGGAAUUUGGGAUCUUGUUGGAAACAACACGCCUAUCUUUUUCAUUAGAGACCCUACUCUAUUCCCAAGUUUCAUUCACACACAGAAGAGAAAUCCUGCAACCCACUUGAAGGAUGCUGAUAUGUUCUGGGAUUUCAUGACCUUAAGACCUGAGACCAUGCAUCAACUUCUUUAUAUGUUUGGUGACCGAGGUAUUCCAGAUGGCUAUCGGUUUAUGAACGGAUAUGGGUCCCACACAUUCAAACUUGUAAAUGCUCAAGGUGUGGCACACUGGGUUAAAUUCCAUUACAAGACCAAUCAAGGCAUUAAAAACUUACCAGUAGACAAGGCUGCUCAACUUGCUUCUUCUGAUCCCGACUAUUCUAUUAGAGACCUUUACAAUGCUAUUGCAAAAGGUGAUUUCCCAUCUUGGACAUUUUACAUUCAAGUUAUGACAAUGGCGCAAGCUGAAAGCUGUAAAUUUAAUCCAUUUGAUCUUACGAAAGUCUGGCCUCAUGCGGAGUAUCCCCUGAUUCCGGUUGGAAAAUUGGUUUUAGACAGAAACCCGAAAAAUUACUUCGCAGAGGUUGAACAAAUUGCCUUUAGUCCAUCAAACUUGAUACCUGGUAUUGAGCCAUCACCUGAUAAAAUGUUACAGGGACGUCUUUUUGCUUAUAGUGACACUCAUCGUCACCGACUUGGUGCAAAUUACCUUCAAAUUCCAGUUAACUGUCCAUACCGUGUUACUGUAGCCAACUACCAACGUGAUGGACCUCAGGCAAUGUGUAACCAAGAUGGUGCCCCUAACUACUUCCCCAACUCAUUCUCUGGACCCCAAGAGUGCCCAAGAGCUCAACGUCUUCAACCAAGAUACAAUUUGAGUGGUGAUGUUGACAGAUACGACAGUGGCCAAACUGAAGAUAACUUCUCACAGGCUACUGCUUUAUACAAGAAAGUCUUCAGCGAUGCUGAGAAAGAGCGUGCUGUUUCAAACCUUGUGGGCAAUUUGAAGGAUGCUGCUGGUUUUAUUCAAGAACGUGCUGUCAAAUUGUUGACUCAAGUUCAUCCUGACUUAGGUAGUAAGGUAGCUGCUGGUCUCGCACCAUAUAAGAAAUACCAUGCCAACUUGUAAUUGUAAUAACAAACUGAUCAUGGGUGCUAUUUUUAUACAUAUAUAAUUAUGUAAAUGUUGUUUUUACUUGCAUAUAUAUUGUUAUUGGGAAAUGUGGUAGAAAUAUGGCAUAAUAUUUUAUAUACUCGUAUGACAUGUACAUGUUUAUUUUUUUUUCAACAUGUUCAAUAAAGUUUUUAACCCUUA